AUGGCGGGUGGUGUUCAGGGGGCUAUUGUAAUCAUUGGAUUACUUUUUUAUUCGGUACAAGAGGCGAAGGAAUUGCGUGGCACGAGAAUCCAGUAUUUCAGUACGGAACACCCUCGCAUAUUAUACUACGACCGCAAUAUUGUCGAAUAUGCAAACUUAACAUCCCGACGUGUCAGCAGGAAGGAUCCUUUUUAUUAUGUCGAUUUUAAUGCACGCACGCUUACUUCGCUUGGUAAUAAUGUUACUGUAAACUUUUAUUUCUUCGAGUUCCUCACCAAUGUAUAUAAACGGGGCUUCAUCGAAAUGCACUUUCGUGGUUGCGACUUCAUUAACAAGGACAGUUUCUUCGCUGGCGCUCUGAGGAGACAAGCGAACUCAUCAAUAUUAGCACAGUGUCCUUAUCCAAAGGGUAAUUAUCACUUUCACAACAUGAGCAUCCCAUUAAGCCAAGUACCAAGAGGAUUCCCGUUUACUAAAGGUCGUAUUUACUGUAACCUUACCAUCACAGACACUGAUAUUGUAUUUGGAAGUGGAUAUAUUGAUUUAGAGCUGAAGACUACAAGAAUUUCAAAUUAA